AUGUCAGCUCUCAGCAAUACUUGUCCUGAAGCCGUAACUAGUGUCAAUCUUAGUCAGGAAAUUAUAAGAACUGAAUAUACAACAAAUAUAACUGACGACGUAUUCGAAGAAGCUCAAUCUGAUUCUAGCCCUAAUUUUAAUGACGAAUACCUUUCAAAAGUAAUUGAACACACUGAAUUAAUUCAAAAAACUCUAGACGGUAGUAGAAGUGUCACUCGAUUAAACAAGGAUAGUAUCAAAAAGUCUUUAGAAGAAAUUAGGCGCAGCACCCAGCACUUACACGAUCAAGUUAAAAAUAUUUUGUGUCAUUCAACGUUAUCGGCUGAAAAUAAAACUGUCUCAAUCAUCAAAAAUACAAUCAGAGAAGAGUUCGAGAAGCUUACGAUAAAACCUCAUCAGACCACCGCUCGGCCGCAACAAGACAUUAUUCAUCCACCUAUUAUCCCCGCAGAACUUCAGAGUUACGCCUCCAUCGUUAAGACUAAGAAGACCGUUGAGAAAUCGGUCAUACCUAUUACUAAACCAGCUUUAAUUGUUACUACCAAACAAUCAGUAUCCUCUUCACAGGAGACUGUCAACGCGUGGCGGAAAAGUGUUCAAUUCAAAAAUCAUACAUUUGCUCCCGCUGAAGUUAAGAAAGUAUCCAAUUAUAAACUUAGAGUAGAAUUUGACAACCAAGAGCAAAGGGACGAGAUUCUUGAGGCAAUAAACAAACCAGACAGUCUCGUUAGCGCGGAAAUAGCUAAGAAACUUAAGCCUAUGGUAAUACUGAAGGGUAUUUUUAAAGACACCCCCGUAUCUGAACUAAACGAUAUUAUCAUUAAGCAAAAUCCCAAAAUUAAAGAUUUAAUUAACACACCCGAAGACUUGACAUAUAAAUUUAUUCGCAAUAACAAAAAUCAAAAACUUUACAACGCUGUGUUCAUGGUCACCCCCCAUAUUUGGAGGGCAAUCAUAGAAUUACAAAAAGUAAACAUAGACCACCAACGUGUACACGCAGAGGACCAUCCGGCAUUUCUACAGUGCUACAAGUGCAUGAAAUUUGGACACACCAAGAAGCACUGCACUGAAGAUAUAAUAAUCUGUUCCCACUGCUCCUCCAACUCACACACCUACAGGGAUUGCCCUGAUAAAAAAGAUCACAAUAAGAUAAAUUGCCAUAACUGCACAGAACACGCUAAUAAAUACAAAUUAAAUUCUGAUACAAAACAUAGCGCUACAUCAUUACACUGCCCUCGCGUAUUAAAACAAAUUGAAAUUUGCAAGAACAAAACUGACUAUGGAUAUCAAAAAUAA